AUGCCCCCAAGUUCUCCGCACUCUGGUAUGGGUCGCACGGCUGUUGUCUUUGCCCGGCUCAUGAUAGCUGGUAAGGACCAUGGCGUACGCCCAUUUAUCACACCUCUGAACGAUGCGUCGGGUGUGAUGGCCCGCGGUGUUUCAUGUACCUUGUUCCCCGCUCGUCCAGGAGCGAAAGCAAUCGACCAUUCUUCGACGACCUUUAAUCAUGUACCACUACCCGCUGGAGCCCUACUCGGGAACGUUCAUGGCUCGCUCGAGGACGAACGGUGGGCCUUCCUGCACGCCAUCCACCGCGUGACUGUCGGCACACUUUGCCUCUCUACAAGCAAUGCCACCGUACUUCGCGUGGCCGGCUGCAUCGCUGGUAGGUAUAGCGCGCAACGGCGGGUCGGUGCGCCCAAGUCCGUCCCUAUUCUCUCUUUCAGCACUCAGUACGGCCCGAUCGCACGAAUCCUUGCACACGCCGUGGUCUUUGACAACUGGGCCUUAGAAUCUGCGAAUAUGUUCAUGGCAAAUGUCGGAAAGCUAGACAUGCAGAACGUAAUCGGUGGCGUGUUCAAAACCACUGUUCUCAGCUACACGCAGAAGGCAAUGAGCGACCUAGUGGACCGUUGUGGCUGGCAAGGUCUUUACGCUCACAACCAAAUUGCCGAACUAUGGCUCGCCGAAAAGGGCAACAGCAUCGCCGAAGGAGACUUUGUAGUCCUUUGCAUCCGACUUGCAAGUGAGGUCCUCCUCGGGCGGUACGAACCGCCCAAAGCGCGCGACCCGCUGUGCCUCCUUGCGCUCCACGAAGCUGGAGUCUGGGACGAGGCUCGGCAGAUAUUUGCGUCCCUUAAAGGCGGACACCGCGGCCCAGAAUUCAACGCCCGCAUCUUGCCACUGUCACUGCCAUUGGUUCAAGCUACAGGCCAUCGUAUGGCAUAUGAGGCUGCUAAGGAUGCUUUGCUACACGGUAGCGCUCAUGGUCUUGCUGUGACGCCGGAAGUAUUGAACUUGUACGAGUCCACCUGUAUGAUGGAAGAUCAGAGCUGGUAUGUGGAAAACGGUGUUAUGUCACGGCAGGAGCUGCUGGAUCGCAAUGUCGACGCGGUGAGUUCCAUGUUACCGUUGUUGGGAGACAUGAUCAACGAUCGGGAAGUGGAUGCCUUAAUCAAUGCGCCCAUGGUUGAAAAAGAUAGGCUGUCAGCCUUUUUCUCCAGCUUGUCAUCAUAUCAUGGGCCAGGAACAACCGUUCGUGCCAAGUUGUAA